AUGAAUCUAUCAAUGAGUUUUGUUGUAUUACUGGCGAUUCUUGUGUCGGCGGCCAACCUUGUCUUGGCUCAUGUCGGUCUUACGAAUAUCGACUCUUCGUGGUACGACGCACACGCUACGUUUUAUGGCGACAUGAGCGGCGGAGAAACGAUGCAGGGAGCGUGUGGUUAUGGCGAUCUAUUCAAACAAGGUUACGGUUUAGAGACCGCGGCGCUAAGCACGGCGUUGUUCAACAACGGACAGACUUGUGGUGCAUGUUUUGAGCUCAUGUGUGUAAACUCACAGUAUUGCAAACCUAACGCCGGUACGAUCAAGAUCACAGCCACGACUUUCUGCCCACCAAAUUACGCCGAACCGGUUCAGUACCAUUGGUGCAACCCUCCUAACAACCACUUCGACCUAUCGAUGAAAAUGUUCCUUUCGUUCGCUGAGUACAGAGGAGGGAUAGUUCCGGUGAAGUUUAGGAGAAUGAUGUGUGGUAAGAGUGGUGGUGUGAGGUUUGAGAUCAAGGGCAAUCCUUAUUUUAUCAUGGUUUUGGUGUAUAACGUUGGUGGUGCAGGAGAUGUGACUAACGUUGAGAUUAGAGGGCAUAAGAGUAAUUGGAUCGCUAUGAGUAGGAAUUGGGGACAAAUUUGGAAUACUGGUUUGAACUUGGUUGGACAAAGGCUCUCGUUUGUGGUUCGGACUAGUGAUGGUAGGAGCUUGGCGUUCUUUAAUGUCGCACCGGAGACUUGGGGUUUCGGUCAAACUUACGAAGGAAAACUCAAUUUUUAG